CAUCCUCAGCCACAGAGAGAUAAAAGAGAUAAGAAUAAUUAUACGCAGAUUGAAGAAACCAUGGAGAGAAAGCCUUUUGAGGUUGAGACAACGGAGGAUCACAAACCCUACUCCGCCGUCGAUGGCGGUGGUUCUGACUCGGUCGAUUCAUUUGAUGACGAGCAGGAAAAGCUCGUGUAUAGAGGAUGGAAAGUCAUGCCUUUUAUCAUUGGUAAUGAGACAUUUGAGAAGCUUGGGAUCAUUGGGACAUUAUCAAACCUUCUCAUCUACCUAACUCAAGUAUUCAACCUCAAGAAAUACACAGCUGCAACCAUCAUCAAUGCCUUUAGUGGUACUAUCAACUUCGGCACUUUCCUCGCUGCUUUUCUCUGCGACACUUACUUUGGUCGCUACAAGACUCUCAGUGUUGCUGUCAUCGCUUGUUUUCUGGGAUCGCUUGCGAUACUACUCACGGCUGCAGUUCCGGGGCUGCACCCGACCCCUUGUGGAACAAAGAGUUCAUGCGAAGGGCCUAGUUUGGGCCAAAUUGCGUUUCUUGGGUUGGGUUUAUUACUUCUUGUGGUCGGUGCUGGUGGUAUCAGGCCGUGUAACUUAGCUUUCGGUGCUGAUCAGUUCAACCCCAAAUCCGAAUCUGGAAAGAAAGGAAUCAACAGUUUCUUCAACUGGUAUUUCUUCACUUUCACGUUCGCGCAGAUGAUUUCGCUCACGUUAGUUGUGUAUAUCCAGUCCAAUGUGAGCUGGACCAUAGGUUUGAGUAUCCCUGUUGGUCUAAUGUUCUUGGCUUGCGUGAUUUUCUUCGCUGGACAUAAACUUUAUGUGAAAGUGAAAGCCUCGGGUAGUCCCUUGGCUGGUAUAGCUCGUGUUAUAGCUGCAGCGAUCGCGAAACGAGGAUUGAAGCCGGUUAAGCAGCCUUGGCUUGAUCUUUACAAUCACAUUCCUCGUAACUAUGCUAACUUAAACCUUAAAUACACCGACCAGUUCAGGUUUCUAGACAAAGCAGCAAUAAUGGCCCCUGAGGACACGUUGAACUCUGAUGGGUCAGCUUCUGAUCCAUGGAAACUAUGUACGAUGCAGGAAGUGGAAGAAGUGAAGUGUAUUAUAAGAGUGAUUCCAAUCUGGUUUGCUUGCGCUAUAUACUCUCUAGCAAUAAGCAUUCAAGGGACUUAUCCUGUCUUCCAAGCGCAACAGAGCGACAGGAGAUUAGGCUCACGUGGCUUCAAGAUUCCAGCAGCCACCUAUGCAGUGUUCUUGAUGACUGGUAUGACGGUUUUCAUCAUAUUCUACGACCGUGUCCUUGUCCCAUCGCUUAAAAGAGUGACUGGUCUAGACACUGGUAUAACACUCUUGCAAAGAAUAGGAGCAGGAACCUUCUUUGCAGUGUUGAGUUUAUUGGUCUCCGGGUUCGUAGAAGAACGGAGAAGAAGCAUUGCGCUGACAAAACAGACUCUAGGGAUGGAGCCUCGGAUAGGAGAGAUCUCUUCAAUGUCAGCGAUGUGGCUGGUUCCGCAGCUGGUUCUUGCGGGGAUAGCAGAAGCUUUUGCAGCCAUUGGACAAAUGGAGUUUUACUACAAGCAGUUUCCUGAGAACAUGAGGAGCUUUGCUGGUUCUAUCUUCUAUGUCGGUGCAGGUGUUUCUAGUUACCUUGCUAGCUUCUUGAUCUCCACUGUUCAUCGGACAACUGAACAUUCACCUUCCGGGAACUGGUUAGAUGAGGAUCUGAACAAGGCGAAAUUGGAUUACUUCUAUUUCAUGCUCACGGGACUCAUGUUUCUUAACAUGGUUUACUUCUUGAUAGUGGCUAAGUUUUAUAGAUACAAAGGCAGUGACGAUAAAGGCAUCUCUGCUAUUGAGACCAAUGGAGAAGAGACCAAGCAGCCAGACAAGAACUCGGUCUAAACUGAUAUCUUUUCUUUUUUAAUUAUUUUCGGUCUUUUACUCCAGUCUUCUCUUUGUUGUUGUACUGUACUCCUUAGAUUCAAAUGAAUGAAUGUAAAGGUGAGUCUCCUGAAUACUUUAGUUAAUCUUAUUGGAAAACGAGUUUAAAUAAUGAACAAAAGUUU